GAGAAGACAGUGACAGGGUUUGACAAGAGAGCCGUUCAUCGUACGAAGCCUUCUUCUCUUCUCUAGUUCGUAUCGAAGUGAAAAAAUGGCUUCAGAUUCAAAGGUUCACGUUUUUGAAGAAGUGGCGAAGCACAACAAGACCAAGGAUUGUUGGCUUAUUAUCUCUGGAAAGGUGUAUGAUGUAACUACGUUUAUGGAUGAUCAUCCCGGAGGUGACGAAGUGCUGCUUUCCGCUACCGGGAAAGAUGCAACUAAUGACUUUGAAGAUGUGGGUCACAGUGACUCGGCCAGAGAUAUGAUGAAGAAGUACUACAUUGGCGAGAUCGAUUCGUCAACAGUUCCUCUAAAGCGGACUUACAUUCCGCCGCAGCAAGCUCCGUAUAACCCCGAUAAGACGCCCGAAUUCGUCAUCAAGAUUUUGCAGUUCUUAGUUCCCCUCCUAAUCUUGGGUUUAGCCUUUGCUGUCCGGCACUUUACCAAGAAAGAUGAUUAGUCCAAAAACUGUCUACAAAAGGGCUAGUCUUUUUAAGUCUGGCAAUUUCUUUGUUGUUACUUUCUAUUUGUGCUUAUUUGACCCUCUCAUUGUGGGGAGUCCCUCAGAGUCUGUUAGUUUUUGUGCUUUUUUGUCCUUGUUUUAUGGUGCUGAUUGUGACUGCUCAAAUUUUAUGGACUGAUAAGCAGAAGUACGCUCUGUUCCAUUGUUCCCUCUCAUAGUCUUUUCUUAAUUUGGCGCAAUUUAUUGCAGCAGUUUCAAA